GUUAAUUUUCGCAACAAAAAAGCGGCAAAGUGUAGAAAAUAACAUAAAACAAUAGAUAAACACAGUAAACAAGUAUAUUAAGUUUGAAAGUAAGCCGUGUCUGCGUGUGUGCAAUUCGUGGCAUACGUGUCUACCGGGAAUUUAAACAGAAUUUAAAGUUUUCUCAUUGCCCAGUGCCGGCAGUGUGUGUAUAACAAGAUGGCGUCCUCACAAGUCUCAAACAAAUCGGGCUCCGGGUGGCCGCGGCGUGGAAGCCAAGGUCAUGCUGAUAGCAAUAUAACUAACAAUGGCACGCAAAAAUACGCGCCGAAUCAAGUACUUACCAUAAAUCGCACAAUUAAUCUCUAUCCACUGACCAACUACACAUUCGGCACAAAGGAGCCACUGUUUGAAAAGGAUCCAUCAGUGCCGUCACGCUUCCAACGUAUGCGCGAAGAAUUUGAUCGAAUUGGCAUGCGCCGUUCAGUGGAGGCAGUUUUGUUGGUGCACGAACAUGGACUACCACAUGUGUUGCUGUUGCAGCUGGGCACAACGUUCUUUAAAUUGCCAGGUGGCGAGCUAAACGCAGGCGAAGAUGAGGUGGAGGGCCUUAAGCGGUUGCUCUCAGAGACGCUGGGACGUCAAGAUGGAGUCAAGCAAGAUUGGAUUGUUGAGGACACAAUUGGCAAUUGGUGGCGACCAAACUUUGAGCCACCACAAUAUCCGUACAUUCCGCCGCAUAUAACCAAGCCAAAAGAGCAUAAACGCCUGUUCUUGGUGCAAUUACAUGAAAAGGAUACGGACAGGAACGCCAGUUACGAUGUACCCUGAGCUGAGCAGUUCCAAUAGCGCCGUGUUGUGUUGUGUUAUCUCUCACGCAUCUGGCAUCUGCCCAACCAAGCAUAGAGCUCUUCCCCCUACGCUCGACACUCAAGAGUGCAAACAAACAAAACUGAACAAACAAACAAAACAGAAAUGAAAAAGAAUCAGAAUGGCCCCAAGGCGCACAUUGUAUAGUUUUUAUCCUAGUUCGUCGGCUCUAAAUCAAUUUGUUGUACAAAAGACUUAUUUUCACAAUUGUAUUUGUUGCUCUCAGAGUUGUUGGCAUAUUUUGUGUUUUUGUUGCGCAAGAAAAUCUUCGCAAUGUCUUUGAAUGUUUAUGUUGUUUAUAUAAUUUUGUAAAUAUGUCGACAUUUCUAUUAAUCGGAGAGCGAAGGCAACUAUUCUAAGCCCGGGCAGGCAGUCAACAGUAUGUGCAUUGUAAAAUUAACAACUGGUUGUUGUUUGUCAAAUGUUCGCAAAUCUCGCGUGUUGUGCUGAUUUGGGAUCAUGGCGAGCACAACUGGGCUAGGCAGGCCAAUUAAUUAGACGCGCUUCUAUUAAAAUAGUUUAAGCACUCGUUUAUGUAACAACAACUAUUAUAAAGCUCUGUGUUUAGCAGUCACU